CUGUACUAACCAGUUGUGUCAGCUUGUUUUAUUUACAGCACAGCAUCACGUAUCACAGAAUAUAAUUAUCUUAGCUGAGUAAUAGUUGUAUAUGUUAUAUGUAUUCCGUGUCAUUCAUACACACAGCAAAGAUCUGACAACAUCACAAGAAGACUUGAUCUGGCCAUUCAGCUCUGGUAAUCAGAAAGCUGACGCCCCUUAUACAAAGUGCACAGACACGUGCUUGUGAAAUACACUGAAGGUCUGGAUGGUAACGAUAAGAUAACACUGUGCUCAGCUGAUAGAGAGCAGACAAUGAGGAGCAUCUGGCCGUGUGACUGGUAAAGGGGUAAAGGUCGCCCUAGGGCUCAGAUUACACCGACCAGCCUUCUGCCAUCCUCCAUCGGAUGUGUCUUCUCUGAGAUCUCAGCUCCUCCAUCGGAUGUCUCUUCUCUGAGCUCCUCCAUCCCACUUGUCUUCUCUGAGCUCCUCCAUCCCACUUGUCUCCUCUGAGCUCUUCGGAGUGCCUUUUGAGUUCCUCCAUCGGAUGUCUGCACUGAGAUCCUCCAUCGGAUGUCUGCACUGAGCCCCCCCUCCCAUCGGACAUCUCUUCUCCUCCAGCACCCGAUCCACAGGACAACAGACAUGCCCCGUCCGGCAGUUAUAAGGGACGUUGUCAGCCACCAAGCCAAGGCUCUGCACACCCUCCUCCCCCUCCUGGAGCAGAGGGGUAUACAAUGCACCAUCCCGGACCUCUUCAUUUCAGAGGGGGCCACCAUGAGUGACUUCUCUCCCCCCCAGACCGGGGCACAGCCGACUGCCAUGGAACUGUCCUCAGAUAACCCGAAUGGUGGAUCUUCACCCCGGUGUCUUACCCUGGCACAGAGGGCAUCCCGGCACCGGCUGUCCAGGGUGGUCCGAUCUAUACUGGAGCUGCUGCUGGUGGAGGAGAACAUGCUGCAACAUCUGCCGCUGGACCAUCAGUUCACAAUGCAGAUCAAAGACAGCGUAGAGUUCAGAAACAUCUGCACACACAUGGCUCUUCAGACAGAUGACAGAAGGUUCGACCAAGACCUGAACUCUGCACAGGAAUGUCUAAUACAGAUUGUCACUAACAUGACCUGGGACACAUCUUCUAAGACUUGUGACUUCUGCCACAAUGCCCAGGAGCAGCUGAAGCAGAUACUACAGAAAGUCCAUGAGGACUAGACUCCAAGGAACUAUUGUUGGCAUGAUUCAGUAUUAUAUUUUAUUGAUGCUUUAACUUAUCAAAGAGGACAACAUGUCCAACUCAUGUGCCUAAACUACUGUGAAGAAGACUGGAAUCUGGAGCAAAAACCAAUCUCUUCCUCGCCAGCGGUGAUUACAUAUCUUAUGGCAAGAGGGAUGUGAGAUGCCAAUAGAGUGGCUGAACAAUCGGCAGCACUGUUUACUUUUGGAUAUUUGCCAUCAUUUAGAUAGAAUUCCUUUUUUGCUUUUAUGUUGGGUAGAAAGAAAAAAAAAUCUUUAGCAGCCCAUCGGCUUAUAACUAACAAAGGAAGUGCACACAGGAGAGGUAUUAUGGUGCAAGCAUUAGCAGAACAAUUCAGCCCUUAAAGGGGAAUUUCUGCCUAAAUGUAACUAUGUUUAACCAGUUCAGCCCUGGGCCACCCACAUCGAAGAGAAAUAUAUUUUCAAUACAUUCAGGAAAAAAAUUAUAUAUAUGUGACAUAUAUUUACAAUAUAUUGUAAAUAUAUGUCACAUAUAUAUAUA